GGGAAAACAAACAUCGAAGUGACAGUCUAGUAGACUACCAGUACCGGUACUACCAACAGUCACAACUUUCUCAAACAAGAGAAGGAGCCAGUUUGCAACCGAUCGCGAAGAGACCAUGAUUCUCCAUCGUCUUUCCUCCCUGUUUGGCAUCUUGGCUGUGGUAAGGACUGUCUCUGGGCAGUGUGAACCCUGCUUGUCCUGCACAAACAAUAAUCAAUGCCGUGCUGACAGUGACUGCACUUGGUCUCAUGGUGACUGCGUCGAAGAAGGCAGCCUGUGUCAACCCUGCUCCUCUUGCACAAACAAUGAUCAAUGCAUGGCCAACAGUGACUGCAUUUGGUCUCAAGGAAACUGCGUCGAAGCUCCCACUCCAGCUCCUGCACCUCCCAUUGAUGGAAUUUGUACGUGUGCCAAGAGCGAUUGUGACGAUGUCUGCGACUCCAAGUCGAACAAUGCAGGAGAUUCUUGUGUCUCGGACAACGAUUGCCCUCCCAAUGGCAACCAAGGAGGUGCUUGUAUGCCCGUACAAACUUGCGGCGUGGUGCCCUGCCCCCUUCGUCCUACCACCGAGCUCCCGAGUCCUACAUACAAGGCUGGGUUCUAUGACAACAAUGUCUUGGUAUACGACAAAUACAGACGUGCUGUUUCUCUCAGUGAUGGACUGAAUGGGCGUGCCAUUGCCUACAGCGGAGAACCCGUUCAGCUCUAUGAUCCUGACACGGGAGAAUGCGCUGGAUUCUCGUCCAGCAACUUUCACGGAAAACCCGAUGCUGCCGAGGUUUUCCCAGCUCCAGGAGGAGGAUGGUAUUAUGCGUCCAAUGCCGAAACCACUCCUGGUGGAGUCUUCACGUUGGAAUUUGAUUCCACGGGGAGGGUCAUUGACUACUUUCCUCUCAUUACCUCCACGUCUCGUAACUGUGGAGGAGGCGAUACUCCAUGGGGAUCGUGGGUGACCUGUGAGGAGCUUGGCAGUAAUGGACACGUGUACCAAACCGAUCCAUCUGGCAAUAUGUCCCCCCGAUUGACAAGUGUGGUGGAUACCGGAGGCAACUAUGAAAGCUUUGCAUACUACAUUGACUCCAACGGGAACCCCACAUUUUACACCACCAACGAUUCUAAUGCUGGCCCGUUGGUCCGGUUCACUCCCGAUGCUGCCGGCAUGGCGUGCUUUAAUGCUGCCACCAAUGCUGAGAAAUGGUGUACAUUGGAGAGUGGAAGCCAUGAUUUCCUCGAGCUCAUUCCCACAACCGGUUCUCAAGGUACAUUUGCUUGGGGCGAAAAGGCCAAUGCCAAUCCCAAUCGAUAUCCCUUCGCAGAGGGCAUUGAUGUUGUGGGAGACAUGCUCUACUUUAUCUCCAAAACAACCAAAUUCUUGUUCAUUCUCGACUUGAUCAAUAUGACGUACGAACGUUCGUCCACGCAAUCUGGAGCCUUCAAUAAUCAACCAGACCAAAUCCAACGAAUCGUCAACGAUCCCAAUCAAAUCGUCUACUUUUGCGAAGACGGGGGCCCCGAUUGCGGCGUCCAUGGCCGUGACGCCACCGCUCAGUUCUUUUCCAUCUUGGAUGGACCUGGCUACAACACCGAGACGACUGGUUUGGCCUUUUCCUCGGAUCACAAUUACAUGUUCUUGUCGUUCCAGGGUCCGGGUGUCAUUUGGCAAUUCUGGCGUGAGGAUGGACGUGCCUUUACAGACACAAUUCUCGACAUCAAGUACCACGCUGCCUAAACGGCAAAGAUGGAGGACUUGCAAUCACAAGUUGCUUCUGUCUUCGCGAUGAUGCACUAUACAUAUACUUUCAUAAAAAAUCAAUACAUGCAUGGUUGAGGCAAAAGGGAGAGGAAUCAAGAAGAAAAACGAGGCGCCCACUCGAACAGGUAUUCGGGGCAUCGGCAGUGGGGUGUUUCCACGUUGUUGGUCGUACCAACGGAAAGCGAUACAGUAGCGGGUGGCGUAUUGGAUUGGCUCAUGGCAUUGGAAUAGAAACAAAGAGAUGCCCUAGCUAACGGGAGCAAGUAUUCCUGUUUUCAAUUUCUUAUUGAAGCAAUAAAUUUAAAAUAGUGUUGCUUCCGGCACAAUGUUGUUGGUCGCUAUUCAUGCAUGUAGACUCCUCUUCCCUGUCACACGCCUUCAUCUAUCUUGUUUACACCCGAGUUGACGCUCUGAGACCCAGUCCGACGCUCCCUCUGGUGUAUUUGGAUUUCGCCAAAGCACUCAUGGAGGCAAUUCCGUCGACAGGACUGACACACUUGCAUUCUGGACAGACACACAUGGAAGCAUCGGAAAUACAGAUCAAUUCGAUAUCACAGGCUUGACAGAAAAUCUCCUCCACAAAUCCAGUCUUGAUGGCCGCCAUGGUUUCAUCGGUACCUCGUAACGGUAAGAAAAAUCCAGGUUCAAUUUCCAAUUCUUGCGCUCUCUUUUCGGCCGACUUUUCAUCGUCAUGCCAGGAUUUCAUACGCCGAAAGGGAGGCUUGGACUUUUGUGUGGGCGAAGUUCCCGACAGGGUCGAAUGCUUCUUGUUGUUGUUACCCGUGCGGCUGUGCUUCUUUGGUUUCUGCUGCUGCUGGUUGUACUGCGAUUCCUGCUGUUUGAGCUCUGCAAGAGACGGAGCACUGGAUCCUUCCGAGUUGAUGGAGUCAAAAGUGGCCGUACGACGAUGAUGAGGGGCAGCGCCAGUACUGUCACUGUCACAGCUGAUACUUCCCAGACUGCCACGGCUGUGCUCUGAAUCACGGCUGGCAUGUCUUGAGACCUUACGACGAGGAGCCGUCGAGACUAUUCCUCCCAGCGGAUCAAAGUCUUCAUCGUCAAUGGGCCAAGGAGCGCUGGCCACUGGCUUUCGUUUGACCGAGAGUUUUCGAAAUUCUUGAUUCAAUCCGGUCUCUGAUUGUUGAGACGACAUGGACGAUUGAGACGAAUUAGAGGACAUGCGCCCCAGCGAGAGUGCCGACCUGUCCUUCUUGUUGUAACGGCGACGCUGAAAUGGCUUGCUAUGAACAUCCAGAGGAUUCUCUUCGUCGUCCGUCAUCAUGGAUUCCUCCGAUGAGGACACCACCUCUUCUUCUUUCCUCUGCUCGCUAUCUUUGUUGUUGCCACUGGCAGCAGCAGCAGCUUCAGCAUCGGUCAUGUCAUCUUUGGACGACAGGUUAAUUUCAAAGGUACCAUUAUCACCAAACGAAAUAAUCGUCUCGGGGACUGCUUCUUCCACAGCCGAAAUGGAGGGAUACAGAGACACCUCCUUCUGCUUCUUUCUUCGACUGCGCUUGGGUCGAGGCAGCUUGCGAGACCCUCGUUCCAAAUGAUUUGUCAAGGGCUUGUGACUCCCAGGGGCUGGUCCAAAGGGAUGAUAAGGGCUGCCGCCACCAGUUCCAGAGCUGCUGCCAUACAGAGACAUGGCCAUCAUUGUCUGUUCCAAUACACUGCUAUUACUUCUCUGUCCACCGUUGGUCAAGAUUAUGGACAGCAGAGCACUUGUCUUGCUGCUGCUCCUGUUGCCCAAUUUUGCUUACGUUUCCAGUGUAACCUCGGCAGGCCAACUGCCCAUCUUGCCCACACCCGUUUUUGGGUAUUUCUCGUUUCCUGUUGCCUGGACCAGUGAGGAACAGCGAAACUCCCGGUUGUUUCGUGAAAUUCACGGUU